AAUAGGAGCAGUGGUGAUAUAAAAUGGAGAGUGACGUUAGUCAGAUAGAAGAUAAACGUCUAAUUGAAAGGAGGAGAGCAACCACCUUGGAAGAGUGUUCCCAAAUAAUCGGAGUGAAUGGCAUCGCUCGAUAUAAUAGGGAUACGUUCAGGCGCCUUUUUUCAGACCAGACAUUAUUGGAAAACUUAUUUGCGCUAUUCGAUCAGGAUGAUGACAAGGUAUUGAAACAAGAUGAAUGGAUCGAAUGUGUGAAAAGCAGAAUAACGAAUAAAAAGCAUGAUUUCAUUGAUCAAUUCGAUAGUGUGGUAUAUACUGUGUGCGGCGACGAUCCUAUAAAUGUUACGAGCUUUCAACGAAUAUUUGCUGCUAGAGAGGUCGUUGAUAAAUUAUUUCGUCUAAUUGAUGAAGAAAAUGUGGGCUAUGUGUCGUCCACUCAAAUUAUAGAUUUCAUCGACAGCGUCAGUGAUAGAAGACCACUCGGCGGCUUCGAUAAAACUAGUCUAGAAUGGCUGGAGAAAAUUUUCAAGCAAAUGGUCGGCAACGAGAAAGAAAUAAGACGCGAAGAAUUUAAUAAAAUCGUCACAUCGAAAAACCCAUUCUUCACCGAUAGAGCCUUUCAAAUAUUUGACAAAGACAAUUCCGGAGCCAUAUCUCUUCAGGAGUUUCUGGAUGCAAUGCACCAGUUUGCAGGGAAAACUCCUGAUGAUAAAAUCAAGUUUCUUUUUAAGGUUUACGAUAUCGACGGUGACGGGCUAAUACAGCUUCGUGAACUCGAACACGUUAUGAGAGCGUGCAUGGAGGAGAAUGGAAUGGAAUUUAGCGAGGAACAAAUCAAGGAACUAACGGUCGCAUUAUUCGAGGACGCUGAUCAAGUGAAUCGAGGAGCAAUUACCUACGAGGCUCUUAAAAGCCAAUUAAAGAAACACGGGGGACUGCUGGAAAAUCUUUCGAUUAGUAUCGACCGAUGGCUCGUGCCGCCGAAACCGAAAGCGAAGCGGAAAUCGUUCUUGGGAUUCUGCGCGUCGUUACGGCCCUAUCAAUUGACGACACCGUACAUGAAGAAUAAUUAUGUUUACCUUGCUUUCAUCUACACCUUUAUCUUGAUUAAUGCAACGUUAUUUAUCUCAAGACUUUACGCGUAUAGACAAUCAAACGGCUACGUCAUGCUGGCUCGUGCUUGCGGUCAGUGUCUGAAUUUCAACUGCAGCUUUAUCCUAGUUCUCAUGUUACGUCAGUGUAUUACCUUUCUACGAACUCAUGGCUUCAAUUCUGUGCUUCCAUUGGACCAGCACAUUUACCUUCACAAGAUAACUGGGGUCCUAAUUGGUACUUUCGGUGUAUUACACACAGUGAUGCACCUUCUGAACUUCGGUACGAUCGUGGUAUACGAUGAUAUGCUCAAUCAUAAUAAUUAUACUACGUACGAAUGGCUAAUGACAAGCCGUCCAGGACUCUAUGGUCUCGUACACGGCUAUGCAAACCCAACCGGAAUCAUUCUCGUUGUUCUUCUUGUUAUAAUGACGUUAUGCUCGAUGCCGUUUGUCCGUCGUGGUGGAUGUUUUGAGAUAUUUUAUUGGUCACAUUUACUGUACAUACCGUUUUGGGUAUUAAUGGUUCUUCACGGACCGAAUUUUUGGAAAUGGUUCAUCGGGCCAGGUACAGUAUACCUGAUAGAACGAGUACAACGAAUCGCUUGGUCACGAUCCCAACUUGGAAAAACAUAUAUCAGUUCUGGUCUCCUACUGCCUUCAAAAGUGACGCAUUUAGUCAUUAAACGACCGCUUCAUUUUGAUUUCCAUCCUGGCGAUUAUGUUUUCGUAAAUAUACCCGCCAUUGCUCGAUACGAAUGGCACCCCUUCACUAUCAGCAGCGCACCAGAACAAGAAGAUUACAUAUGGCUUCAUAUCCGAGCAGUCGGCGAAUGGACGAACAGUCUUUACUCGUACUUCGAGAAAGAACAAGUGAAAAUUCAAGGUGGCAAAAUCUUUCCAAUGGAAGAAUGCAAUAACAAGAAUGUUUCUAUGAAUAUGUACCCCAACAAGAAACAAGAUUUGGUUCCAAACAUAACAAUGUCAUCGCCAUCGCCACCGAAGGCAGAGAAUCAUCAUGGACUCGAUAAUCCUGCUUUUGCUCUCGACGGUGAUAGCGUAACUCUGUCGCCGCACAGUACUUCCACAGAUAGUAGUAAAGUUUCUAAGGAAGGAAAACUUCAUCGUUUAUUGCUGGGUAGCAAAAUACCUUUAGAAAAGUCUUUCUCUGUACCUGACAUGCAAACACGAAGGAACAAGAGGGACCGGCUCAUGGCACUUCGAGAUUACAUGAGAUCCGAAUCUGAAAGGAACUUCAACGAAAGGCAAAUGCAAUGUGCACGACUGAAAUCAUUAGAACAGGCUUAUUUAAGCCCACAAAACAGGAACAUAGCUCAUAGUUUUCGGUACAUGAGAUCGAAACCUACUAUAAUUGCAUUCAAGACACCAAGUUUGGAACGACACGAAUACAAAAUAGAAACAUCCACGAACAACGAGACAAUGUCACAAAUACCUGUAAACGAGUUCAGAAAUGUGUCGACCAACUUAAUCACGAUGCAAGCAGCAGCGGAAGAAGGUAGAUUACAGACAAAAUUAGAAGAAACGUCAAACAGAAUCAUAGAAGAUAUCAAAUCAGACGUUUCUUCUCAGCCGUCUAUAAAUUAUUUAGGAAAACCAUUAGAGAUCUUUUUGGAUGGUCCAUACGGCGCUCCUUCGAGUCAUAUAUUCCAAGCGCAACACGCGGUCUUAAUUGCAACCGGAAUCGGAGUCACACCUUUCGCAUCGAUAUUACAGUCCAUAAUGCACCGUUAUUGGAAAGCCAGGCACACUUGCCCAAAAUGCAAAUUCUCCUGGGCUAGCGAGAUUCCGUCCACUGUCAUGUAUCUACGAAAGGUAGAUUUCUUCUGGAUCAACAGAGAUCAGAGAUCGUUCGAGUGGUUCGUGAACUUACUGUCUCAAUUGGAAAUGGAACAAGCAGAGCUUGGCGUAACUAUGGAACGUUUCCUCGAGAUGCACAUGUACAUUACUAGCGCAUUGCAGAAAAAUGAUAUGAAGGCUGUUGGUCUACAGCUAGCUAUGGAGUUGCUCCAUCAAAUGGAAAAGCGAGAUCUCAUAACGGGUUUAAAAACAAGGACAAACGCUGGCCGACCGAACUGGGAUAAGGUUUUUAAACAGCUCCAGGACAGGAAAAAGGGGAAAGUGACGGUAUUUUACUGCGGCCCGCCGGAACUGGCGAAAAUUUUACGUUACAAAUGCGAUCAGUUUGGUUUCCACUUCAAGAAAGAAUCUUUCUGAACUCUCUGAGAUACUUAAUAACACCGAUAUGUUUGCCAUGUCACAUUGCAGUUGUAUUACAAUACUUCCCAGAUAGCACACAGACGACUUAAGACGGCUUAAAGGCG